GCAAACGAAUGAGACCAUUAUAUCCCUAAGCCUUUUUCUUUGUAUUAUUUCUUUUUGCUUCAAAAAGUAAGAGAAGCCCAUCUUCCAUCAUUGUCUCUUUUCCUUCUUCUUUGAUCUGGAAAUUGGAGUAAAACCCUUUAAUUUCAUCAACAAGUUUGAAUCACGCAAAAUCAAUUUCUGCAACUUUUGUUCGUUGGAGUUCAGAUCAAGAUCAGUGGAGUUCAGAUCAGGAUCAUCAAUGAUGUCGUUUGAAACUCCAAGCACAUCCACAAAUCAAAACCACAAUGGAAAUAUAUGUUUCUGAUUCAGGGCGUACAAACGAAGAUAAGGAUUAAACAUAUGGUUCUAGUGAUUCAUAGGAACGAUGAUUCAGAACAAAGACGACAAAAGCAUGCUAUACUUGAUUACCAAAGACAAGGGCUAUCUUCUGAGCAACAAAUAUCCUUUAUUUAAUAUGAAAGAAGAAAUCGAGGAAUUGAUCAACAAGAAGCACUUUUACACAAUUUCAGCUUUUGUUCAGACAUCAUACAAUGAUUUUAAAAAUGAAGAGGGCUCGAGCAACCAGCGGUAGAGCAACCAGCGGUAGAGGAGUCUGGGGAAAGGCAGCGAGAAAGAAAGAGGGCUCGAGCUGCGACGGACGGAGCCAAUGCCGGCGAGAUUGGAAACUACAAUGUUGAUAGAGAAAGAAACGACUACAUAUAACAGGCUGCCCAUCGGAGAAGGUGCCAUCGGAUGGAGGCUUGUUUUGGGGUCGGAGUUAGGAAAUGGUGGAGGGACCCAAUCAGUUUUUAUUAUAAAUAAGUAUUUACUAGUUAUUUAAAAUGUUGGAAAAAUAUAUAGCAAGGGUAAAAUUGUCUUUUCAUGUUUAUUAGCGACCAUAACCGAACUUGCAGUUUUGACCAAACCAGAUGUACGAUUUUAGUAAUUUACUCUUUACUAAAUGCUAACAACCUUUUUGUUUUGUGUUUUAUAUAGAUAUUGGGAAACUAUACACAAUAACAAAGCAAUGGGAAAAAGGUCGAUGGAGAAGUAGACGAUAGUUAGCUAGUUUAUUUUGGUAGAUUCGUAGAAAUGAUAUUAAAUUGUUCUUUU